AUGUCAGCAAAGGUACCGCGCAACUUCAGGUUGCUAGAGGAGUUAGAGAAAGGAGAGAAAGGCUUGGGUGCAGAAGCAUGCUCGUAUGGCUUGGCCGACGGUGAUGACUUAAUGAUGUCAAACUGGAACGGCACUAUUCUUGGUCCUCCUCAUGCUGUCACUGAUGUGUGGCAGAGUGUACAUGAGAACAGAAUUUACAGCGUCAAGAUCUACUGCGACGAUAACUAUCCUGACAAGCCACCCACCCUGCAAUUCCUUUCCAAGGUCAAUCUGCCAUGUGUCGAUCCCAGGACAGGCAAGAUUGACCCAUCGAAACUGCCAUGCCUUGCGAACUGGAGAAGAGACUAUACCAUGGAAACAGUGCUGAUCGAAUUAAGGAGAUAUAUGGCUCUGCCUCAGCAUAAGAAGUUACCGCAACCUCCAGAGGGCUCAAUGUUCUAG